AUGUUUGGUCAAUUGGAUGUUUUGCCUACGGGCCUUAAUUUAACAUUUGAAGAAGAAGAUGAACUUGUUAAAAGUGUUGUUAACUUUUUGGGACAUCGAAGACGAGAUAAAUUCGCUUUUCCUUUACUUAUUACACUUUAUUCAUUUAUAUUUGCAACUGGUUUAACGGGAAAUCUUUGUACGUGUUUCAUCAUCUGGAAAAGUCGUGACAUGCAUACUGCAACAAAUUUCUAUCUAUUUUCGCUUGCUGUUUCUGAUUUACUCUUGAUUAGUCUCGGUCUUUCCGUGGAAAUGUAUAAUAUUUACGAAUCAUGGCCAUGGAUAUUCGGUGAAGCUUUCUGCGUAUUUCGUACCGUUGUUCUCGAAAUUGUAACUUCAGCAUCGAUCUUAACUGUUUUAUGCUUCACAGUCGAACGUUACUUAGCCAUUUGUUUUCCGAUUGUCUCUCAAAAAGUCCUGGGUGGUCUUAGUCGUGCACUAAAAAUGAUUAUGAUCGUCUGGUUUCUCUCAUUCCUUCUCGCUGUUCCGUACACAUUCACUGCAGGAGUGUUUGUUAGCGUCACAGGAGAAAUUCGUAAUCAAACAGUUCAAAUUCUUGAUAGUCGAAUCUGCGCUAUACGGCCAGAUUAUUGGGAACCAAUGUUAUACUACAUGGCAGUGACAACAUUUCUCGUUUUUGUCAUUCCAAUCUUUGUUAUAACUGUUCUUUAUAUAUUAAUGGGUAUAACAUUGUAUAAAGCAAGUCGACGUUCGCCGAAUGAUCCUCGAAAUAAACCUAAUGGGGUUAAAACUGAACAAAUUUUAUUGAAUCAAAAUGGCGAACAUCACGUUUGGCCAAGACAGAAUAAUAAUGUUUCAAUGAUUAAAUCAAUUCCGACGAAAAAUCCCCGAAGAGCAGUUUUAAAAAUGCUCGUUGCUGUCGUCAUCGCAUUUUUCAUCUGUUGGGCACCAUUUCAUACUCAAAGAAUAACCGCAUUUGUGACUCGCUUAUUGGAUAAAGCAAAUAAAAAUAUCACAUCAGAAGCUGUAACUCGAUUUCAAGAAAUUCUAUUCUUCGCCUCAGGUAUUCUGUAUUAUCUGUCAGCUACUGUUAAUCCUGUUCUUUAUAAUAUUAUGUCAAAACGAUAUCGAAAUGGUUUUAAACGAACAUUAUGUCGUUGGACGAUUCCAACUCCGACUACAUCAUAUCGAAAUUUUCGUUCAAAUGGUCUUAAUAAUCCUCCGCAUCCCUUAUCGCCAACUUUGGCAUGUACAAAUAAUGUUCAUCAUCAUCCACGAUUAACAUAUCCAAAAUCCACGAAAACGACGAACUCUUUGCCACGACGGCGACAUCGUCGUGAGAAUCUUUUUACAUUUUCCAUGUCAAAAUAUAAAUUUGUUAUUGGAUCACGUUCUCUAACUGAACGUCGAACUCGUCCUCCACCUAAUCAACGUCGAGCAUCAUAUCAUUAUCGGUUUUCAAUCACUGAUCCUCAUGAACGCGACGAACAACAACAUAAAUCUUCAAGCAAUCAUCAUCAUCAACAAUCAAAAAAAGCUCGAGCGAAACUGAUUUUUAGCAAUCCAGUCGUCGCAACUCCCCCACUACCAAAUUCAACGAAUCACGAAUUGAAAAUUUUCAAUCAACUUCCGAAUGGAAAUCAUUAG